AUGCCUCCGAGAAUAACGACACUCCCGAGUCUAGGCUCAUUGAAUCUCUGCCUCCGGCCUGCAGUGAAGCCUGCAACCGCCAACUUUCUCCCCAUCGUUCAGACAGCGAACCUCUCCCAGCGUGAGAAGAAGCGCAAGGCAAAGCAGGAUCCGUAUAGAUGGGCUCAAGCACAGCAAAGAAAGGCCGCCAAUGUGCAACGGCGUGAAGAGCUCUCUCGCGAGCGAGAGGAGGCAUGGGGAGAUGCUAUCCUUGGCAAGAAGACUGCUUUCAUAGAGUCUCUUCAAACGGCUGGCCAGCAGGAGGCUACAGCUCAGAGUCCGGAGACGAAUCCCGGACUACGAAACCAUUUCCUUUCAGACCGCGAAGUCGAUGCCGCCACCGAGCAUGCCUUUAAGCUCACCAAGCCCACGAUCGGCGCCGUCGAGUCGCAGAUGGAACCCGAAACCAAGGAGGACAAGAUGAAACAACACGAGGAGAACCAUCAGAAGGCUGUCGAAGCCUUGAGGCGAAUCACAUCGUUGGAGAAUGGUAGUUCGAAGGAUCGCUUCCACGCCAACGUUCAGCGUAUUAUUGAGGAGUUCGGCCGUCACAAGACUGACACGAUUUUCAAACCCCAAACCAGGAAGUUUGUCCCUCAGGCCGAUAGGAAAGUGCCACGAGCUGGCCCUGAUACAGGCAGCUCCGAAGUUCAAAUUGGUAUCUUGACAGCGAAGAUUCACAACCUAUCUCAGGCUCUCCAGAUCAACCGAGGCUAUAAGGAUAAGCACAACAAGCGCAACCUUAGAUUACUGUUGCAUCGCCGACAGAAGCUCAUGAAGUAUAUGGAUCGCAAGGAGAGGGGAAAUCAGCGAUGGACUCACAUGGUUGAGACGCUGGGCCUUACACCUGCGACCUGGAAGGGUCAGAUCUCGCUCUAA